ACUUGCAGGUUAAGUGGAGCUAGAGAGCUACAUUGUAACCUAGUUGGAUGGGGGGGUGUAUCAGAAUCAAACGUGUCCUUAAUAGAGAGAAGAACAGGCAAGAAGUGGUCCAGCCGGCGAAGUUGCAGAUCUGAUCUCUUCUGAACACCUCACCGUGUCUCCAUCCCUGGUUCUCUGAACCCAGAAGCUGGACUAGUUUGUUCUUGGAAUUUUCGGUGUCCCGUCUUCUUGCUUUCCUUUUGCCUGUCUCCCUUCCCCCUCCUGAGAACUCCUAAAGACUGUAGGAUUGUCAUGGAGUCCAGAGAAAUCUUGAGCAGCUCCCGGCAAAGAGGGAGUGAGUCGGAAUUCCUGCCGGUCUCCUUAGCCAAGCCCCCAGCUGCUCCUGGCUGUACAGGAGAACCUUUGCUGUCCAGUCCAGGACCUGGGAAGAGCAUCCCAGUGGGUGGAGAACGCAUGGAGCCAGAGGAGGAGGAUGAACUGGGCUCAGGAAGGGAUGUGGAUUCCAACUCCAAUGCAGACAGUGAGAAAUGGGUGGCAGGCGAUGGCUUGGAAGAGCAGGAGUUUUCCAUCAAGGAGGCCAACUUCACUGAGGGGAGUCUGAAGCUGAAGAUUCAGACCACAAAGAGGGCAAAGAAACCCCCGAAGAAUCUGGAGAACUAUAUCUGCCCACCUGAGAUCAAGAUCACCAUCAAGCAAUCUGGGGAUCAGAAGGUGUCCCGAGCUGGAAAAAAUAGCAAAGCUACAAAGGAGGAAGAAAGAAGCCACUCCAAAAAGAAGCUCCACACAGCCAGUGACCUUGCAGCCAGUGACCUCAAAGGAUUUCAGCCACAGGCUUAUGAGAGGCCCCAGAAACACCCACCUCUCCAUUAUGACCCAGGCCUCCCACAGGACUUCACCAGUGACACCUUAAAACCAAAGCACCAGCAAAAAAGCAGCAGCCAGAACCACAUGGACUGGUCCACCAACUCUGACAGUGGACCCUCCACUCAGAAUUGCUUCAUCAGUCCGGAGUCUGGCCGAGAAACUGCAAGCACCAGCAAGAUCCCAGCUCUUGAGCCCGUGGCUUCCUUUGCAAAGGCCCAGGGUAAGAAAGGCAGCGCAGGGAACACAUGGAAUCAGUUGUCUAACAGCAGUAAAGAUCUGCUCCUGGGAGCUGUGGUUCCAUCCCCAAGCAACCGCAGCUCGCCAGCCCCUCCUAGCAGUGCUGCUGAAUGCAAUGGGCUCCAGCCCUUGGGAGAUCAAGAAGGAGGAGGUACAAAGGAACCCCCAGAACCACCUCCUACAGGCAGCAAGAAAAAGUCAAGUAAAAAAGAUAUGAUAAGUCAAACCCUAACAAACCCAGAGCUGGACUGGGUCAAGAGUGCCCAAAAAGCAUUUGAUAACCCAGAAGGGAAAAGAGAAGGUUACUCUGCAGAUAAUAUCCAAGAGGCAUCACCAGCCAAGCAGAAUGUGAGUUCUGUGGGUAAUCUUGAAAGUGACUCUAGUCGUGUCAGGAUUACUAUCCCCAUCAAAGCACCCUCUCUAGACCCAGCCAGCCAUAAGAGGAAAAAGAGACAGUCCAUUAAAGCAGUGGUGGAAAAGAUCAUCCCAGAGAAAGCACUGUCUUCCGGAAUUUCCAUGAGCAGUGCAGUCGUUAACAGGUUACUUUCCAAUGCAGAGGGGAAUCAGAAAGACUCCCGUGUCCCUAAGUUGGGUAAAAUGAUAGAGAAUGAGUCCCCUUCAGUUAGCCUUGAAACCGGUGGAAAUGCAGAGAAAAUGAUCCCAGGAGGAAUGUCUAAGCAGCGGAAAACACCCAUGAUCGUGACGCCCCCCACAUGCACAGAUCACUCCUCAUCAAGAAAGCUACCUGAAAUCCAGCAUCCAAAAUUUGCUGCAAAACGGAGGUGGACAUGCAGCAAACCAAAACCUACAAGUAUGCUUCGGGAGGCAGUCAUGGCCACCUCUGAUAAACUGAUGGUGGAACCCCCGUCUGCUUACCCCAUCACCCCAUCCAGCCCUCUGUAUACCAACACCGACAGUCUUACUGUGAUCACUCCAGUCAAGAAGAAACGGGGACGACCAAAGAAGCAACCUUUGCUCACAGUGGAGACAAUCCAUGAGGGUACUUCCACCAGCCCCGUCAGUCCCAUCAGCCGAGAGUUUCCUGGCACCAAGAAAAGAAAGAGGCGACGCAACUUAGCUAAGUUGGCCCAGCUGGUGCCAGGAGAAGACAAACCCAUGAGCGAGAUGAAAUUUCACAAAAAGGUUGGAAAGCUUGGUGUGUUGGAUAAGAAGACCAUCAAAACGAUCAAUAAGAUGAAGACACUCAAGAGGAAAAAUAUCUUGAACCAGAUCUUAUCCUGUUCCAGCAACAUUGCCCUGAAAGCCAAAGCUCCCCCAGAGACUAGCCCUGGGGCAGCCUCAAUUGAAAGCAAACUGGGCAAACAGAUUAAUGUCAGCAAAAGAGGAACCAUCUACAUUGGCAAGAAGAGGGGCAGGAAGCCGAGGACAGAGCUGCCACCCCCAUCUGAAGACCCCAAAACAGCCAUCAAGCACCCCAGGCCUGUCUCUAGCCAGCCGGAUGUUCCAGCCGUGCCUUCCAACUUCCAGUCACUUGUGGCAUCCUCACCAGCAGCUAUGCAUCCACUUUCCACACAGUUGGGUGGGUCCAAUGGCAACCUGAGCCCUGCCAGCACUGAAACCAGUUUUUCAGAGUUGAAAACUAUGCCAAACCUCCAGCCCAUCAGUGCUCUUCCAACCAAAACCCAGAAGGGAAUUCACAGCGGAACCUGGAAGCUGUCUCCACCCAGGCUAAUGGCCAACUCCCCUUCACACCUGUGCGAGAUAGGCUCACUAAAGGAGAUCACACUGUCCCCCGUGAGUGAAUCCCACAGUGAGGAGACCAUCCCAAGCGACAGUGGCAUCGGGACAGACAACAACAGCACGUCUGACCAAGCAGAGAAGAGUUCAGAAUCCCGACGGAGGUACUCUUUUGAUUUCUGCUCCCUGGACAACCCUGAGGCCAUUCCAUCUGACACCAGCACAAAGAACCGGCAUGGCCACCGGCAGAAGCAUCUCAUUGUGGACACCUUCCUGGCCCAUGAAAGCCUCAAGAAGCCAAAGCACAAGAGGAAAAGGAAAAGCCUGCAAAACCGUGAUGAUCUCCAGUUUCUGGCUGAGCUGGAAGAGCUCAUCACUAAAUUCCAAGUAUUCAGGAUCUCCCACCGGAGUUACACCUUUUACCAUGAGAAUCCAUAUCCCAGCAUUUUCCGGAUUAAUUUUGAUCACUAUUACCCGGUGCCAUAUAUCCAGUAUGACCCGUUGCUCUAUCUUCGUAGGACUUCAGACUUAAAGUCAAAGAAGAAGCGUGGUAGGCCUGCAAAAACCAAUGACACCAUGACAAAGGUGCCUUUUUUACAAGGGUUCAGCUACCCUAUUCCCAGUGGAAGUUACUAUGCAGCCUAUGGAAUGCCUUACACAUCAAUGCCUAUGAUGAACCUGGGUUACUACGGUCAGUACCCCGCUCCUCUGUAUCUAUCGCACACUCUUGGAGCAGCUUCCCCGUUCAUGAGGCCAACGGUGCCACCACCUCAGUUCCAUACAAGCUCCCACGUGAAGAUGUCUGGGGCAGCUAAGCAUAAAGCAAAGCAUGGAGUACACCUGCAGGGGCCGGUUGGCAUGGGCCUCAGUGACAUACAGCCAUCACUAAACCCUCCCAAGGUGGGCAGUGCUGCUCUGUCCAGUGGUCGGCUCCACAAGAGGAAACACAAACACAAGCACAAGCACAAGGAAGACCGGAUCCUGGGGACCCAUGACAACCUGAGUGGUCUCUUUGCAGGCAAAGCCACAAGCUUCUCCAGCCACCUCCUGACUGAGAGGUUGAGCAGUGCAGACAAAGAGCUCCCACUGGUGAGUGAGAAGACCAAGCAUAAGGAGAAACAGAAGCACCAGCACAGCGAAGCUGGCCACAAGGCCUCUAAGAACAACUUUGAGGUGGACACCCUCUCUACACUGUCACUUUCAGAUGCCCAGCAUUGGACGCAGGCCAAGGAUAAAGAUGACUUGAGUGGUGAGUCCGUGGACUCCUGCACUAAAAGGUACUCGGGCAGUGGUGGAGAUGGUGGCAGCACAAGAGCAGAGAGCUUGGAUGUGUUCAGUGAACUGAACCCUUCCAGUGACAAGUGGGACAGUGAUGUGAGUGGGAGUAAAAGGAGAAGCUUCGAAGGCUUCGGGACGUACAGGGAAAAGGACAUUCAAGCCUUCAAGAUGAACCGCAAGGAGAGAAGUUCAUAUGACUCUUCCAUGUCUCCAGGGAUGCCAAGUCCCCACUUGAAAGUGGACCAGACAGCAGCAUACAGUAAGAACGAGGGCCCAGUGUCCACCAUGAUGACCAGGAAGAAGCCAGCUGCAGUUGACAGUGUUCCAAUUCCACCAAGCCCAGUGUUAUCUCUCCUUGCUGCCUCCACAGCAACGUCAGAUGCAGCCAGUUCCUCCCUGAAGAAGCGAUUCAAGCGGCGGGAGAUCGAAGCCAUCCAGUGUGAAGUGCGGAAAAUGUGCAACUACACCAAGAUCCUGUCCACCAAGAAGAACCUGGACCACGUGAACAAGAUCCUGAAGGCCAAGCGGCUGCAGAGACAAUCAAAGACAGGCAACAACUUCGUCAAGAAGAGGCGAGGGCGUCCCCGCAAGCAGCCCACCCAGUUCGAUGAGGACUCCAGAGACCAGAUGCCCGUGCUGGAAAAAUGCAUCGACCUGCCCACCAAGAGGGGCCAGAAACCCAGCCUGAGCCCACUAGUGCUGGAAACCGCCGCCGGCCAGGACGCAGUCAUGGCCACCAUCGAGGCGGUCAUCCACAUGGCCCGCGAG